GUGGACCCAAAGGAGUGGAUUACGGUUAAACAUCUAUUAAAUCACCCGUGGCUCAUGCAAGGUUAUUCUGAUGCUGUUCAGUGGCAAAGUAGAUACCCACUGGGACAUCUUGAUGAAGACUGCAUAACGCUUUCUGUGUUUCAUAAACAGAGCAAGGAGAAUAUAUUGGAAUUAAUAUCAGAGUGGAAAUAUGACCAAAUGUCAGUGACAUAUCUUUUGCUUCAAUCCCAGAAGGCUCGUGGCAAGCCAGUUUGUUUAAGGAUUCCAGGGCAAGCCAGUACAACACAAUCAGCAGACCUCGAGUCUGACAAAACUAUAACAUAUGAAGAUAUGCCAGACUGCAGUGAAGUGCCACAUGCAUUUGGAUCCAUGGAAUCUUCUGAUGCAGCUUCACUGUUUGAAGAGUCUCCAUUAGAAGAAUUUUUCCUAAAUCCUCACAGAACAAAACAGCAUUCAAGACAUGAUGCUCAAGUGGAUUAUACAGAACUCACAGUGUCAACUCCAGUGACAAAAAAAGUGGCAUCAAAGAAGCAUGAAAACAAAGAGAAUGCUGAUAUAGAGUCAGCUUUAAGAAAUGAAAUGUCCUUUGCACUUCCUGCUCCAAAGACUCCUUUUGCGAAGAGUCCAAUUGAGACGCAGGUACAAACCUUACCCUUCCAGGCACCUGCCUUCAAAGAGAGCCAGUUCACUACAGUCACCUCAAUUAAGAAACCCACAAACCCAACACAUACAGAUUUAUUGACAGCAGUGGUGGUUCUUCCUGAAGUAAGCAUGUGUAAUUCAUUGGAAAUGGAUCUCAACCUAGCUCAGAUGGAUAGCAGCCAAAAGAAGAGAAAAGCCUAAAUAUUUGUAAGUCUUGAAAGAGGCCUAGAUAAAGUGAUCACAAUGCUUACGCCAAGCAAGAAGAAGCGAUCCACUAGAGAUUGUCCAAGGAAACUUAAGGCACACUAUAAUGUUACCACAACUCAGCUACUGAAUCCAGACGAACUAUUGAAUGAAAUAAUCGCUAUUCUUUCAAAGAAACAUGUGGAAUAUGUUCAGAAGGGUUACACCCUGAAGUGUCAAACAUGGUCAGAUUUUGGCAAAGUAACUGUGGAGUUUGAGUUAGAAGUGUGUCAGCUCAUUAAAUCUGAAGUAGUCGGUGUCCGGUGACAACAGCUUAAGGGUGAUACCUGGGUCUACAAGAAACUGAUGGAAGACAUCUUAUCUAGCUGUAAAGUGCGCCUGACUGAUGCAUGUACCAAGAAAGCAGCAGAUCGCUGUGUUAAGAACAAUAGCACCUUUGAACUGUUGCGAAUGGAGAAGGUAUUCGUCAUCCUGACUGUCUACAAGGAGUUCAGAGUGACACCUUUAACAGUGCUAGGUGCAGAACUCAAGCACUAG